AUGGAGCCCGGGCAUGGGCAAACUGUUGCCGCCUACUAUGGUCUGAGCAUGUGUUACUGUGGUUGUGUUGCCAUGAGCCACAAGCUGACCGGGGCCUACUUUUCCUUGGAUUUGAUUUUACACUCCGGCGGGGAUAACUCCACUACCAGUUUGAUUUCCGUUUGGCGCCGGUGCAAAAUUAGAACUCAUCACCAAUAUGGUGUGAGUGAGAUUUUGAAGAGUGGGCCUGGUUGUUCAUCACUUGGGAUGGGAGCGAUGACAGAGAUUGGACCUUUUGGCGUAAAUCCUGACGGUAAAAUGCUUUAUACAAGAACUCAUGCAUGGAACAAAGUUGCGAAUAUAUUGUUUGUGGAGUCCCCGGCAGGCGUUGGAUUCUCCUACUCCAACACCACCUCUGAUUACAAAGUGACAGCGGAUAAAAGGACUGCUCAAGACGCAUACACCUUUCUGAUUAAUUGGUUCAAAAGAUACCCCGCAUUACAAGGCUAG